ACAUUAUACAUUGCAACUAUAGCGAAAAAUACAGUGAGCUUACAAAGAAGAGUAAGAACAAAUGAUAGAUUUGCAAGAAAACUUUUCCGCGUAUCUCUUCUGGUAGAUCGUUAGCGUCAACUACAAAUAUGUCAAACGAAGCUGCUCUUUGCAAAUGUCCGGAGUCAAGAGUCAUCGAGACAUUCUAACGAAAUAAAUGUGUAGGUGCUUGGUUAGCAAUGAUUGUUUAAACUUUGUUUGGUACGAACUCUAGUGCAAUACUUCAGUUAAAAUGGAACUAAAUGUGUAUCCAGCACAACAGCAGCUUGCUCCAGGCAAAAGCAGCAGUGAACAACAGCAAAACGAUCAAAAAAGGGAUUUUGGAACAUCUCAGCAGGAACUGCAGCAAGCAACAGGAAUUAUUAACAAUGACGACGGAAUUGAUUCGAUGCAAAUGGUCGAAUCCAACAGUGCCGAGAGUAAUGAUUCCUCCUUAGAGUGCAAUGCUGAUGGUAUCGGUGCAAAGUUUAAGAAGUACUUUGUCACAAAAAAACCACUUACAGCAGCAGAUAGAAAAAAAGGCGAAAAAGAACGCAAGGCACGUCAAUUACGCCGACUUCGUAAGUGGUUGAUGCCAAAGAACGCCGUAGUAGCAUUGCAUGAGCUGCAAGGACCUGGCAUGUCCGAGUUUAUUAUUAAUACAAAUGGGCAGGAAACCACGGCUGAGAUAAUUAUCAAUAAUGUGAGAUAUGAAGCUACUGCAGCAAACAAAACUCUUGCGAAAGCGAAGGCUUCAGAAAAAGCCUUGCGCGAUUUGGCGAUUUCUCAAAUGAACAAGGUGAAGCAGCAGCAGGGUGGAAAUGUGCAAGGAAAUGACAGUAAUAUGGAUGUCGAAACAACCGAUUCUCUUGAAUCGGAUGGCAUGCCUAUGAUGCAUCUCGCAUCAUUUGCCCUGUACAAGUUGUUUACAGAAUGGCAGAACGAAGGGUUUGAGAUCCCGGUGCUUAGAUCCAAACCAAAGGUUGCUGCAACGACUGCAGAUACAUGGCAUAACCCCUUGGCUCCAAAACAUCCCAAAACUAGAGCAGAUUUACCAACUGAUGCAGCCACACGUCAUCCAACUGCUCUGCUGGCCUAUAUGCGUCCUCAAGUCCCGUACGAAGAUCUUGGAACGGAAAAUGAUAUGCAGGACCGUAUAUUUGUCGCAGGAAUCACGGUAGAUGGAUUACAUUUCGUAGGCAAGGGAAGAUCAAAGAAAUUAGCACGGAAAGCAGCUGCAAUAGACGCUUGUAAGAAGCUGUUCGAAAUUAAGUUUGAGGGCUGUGGGUUGGAAUAAGAGAUAUAGUAUUUUCCCCUGAUUUUAUUUACUUACAGUGGCUAGUGAAACUAACUUUAGUUCAACAAAACAAAAGAUUUUACAAAAUGCGACACUAAAAAAGUUUAUUUGGUCAAUCUAAAUUCAGUUAACAACAUCAAUUAACUCGUGUGAAUGAUAGUCUUAUCUCUUUUAGGAAUCAUUGAUUCCUUAGCGUCCAGUAGCCCAGUAGUCCAGGAAAAACCAGUAGACGAGAUUACAUAAAAAUGUCAUUAAUUCGUUAUUAUUUUGCUCCUAGUUUCUUCAGAAAAAACCUAAAACUCGACAUCUUAAAAGAGCAAUUCCAGAAGAAGAUUUACUCAAAUGUUCAAGUGAUGAACUUUGUCUUGCUAGCCACUGUUUGUAUCUCUUUUUUAGCAGCAAAUAUUGUACAUGUAUGUCGUAUGUCGUGAUCAUAGUUAUGAUGUUAGAGGAUGUGCCAAUGAAAAGCAGCCCAAUUGAAAUAGAACCAAUUGACUCUGGUUUUAAAAUUUUGCUGCCGCUUUCUUUGUAUUAGGUGUGAGAAUUGUAAGGCCUAAGGAAGCUGGUAACGGUAAAACCAACUUUAACGGAACGAAGUUUGCAGGGUCAGUACGUCAUUCACCAUCUACAAUCACUGAGCCGUCCCGGUCUGCAACGGAGAUAUCUCUUCAUGCCUUGUAGUCGAGCUCCUUCGUCCGCCAAUUCGUUGAACCGGUCGUUGUUCGGUAUCCGCUGCAGACAGUACAUUUCGUUGUAGCUCCAACGAUGCUCCCUUCACAACACAAAUGGGACAAAAAAAAAAUCUGAGCAACUGCGUCCGAGAAAGCAACUAAGCGGGUUUCGUCAGUUUUGGAUAGCGUAUGUGAGUACUGGGAUUAUAUAGGCUCUGUAUAACACCAGUUUUGGCCGUCUCAACACGAGAUCUGAACGACAUAAGUAGUUUCGUCAAACUUUAGCAUGUCCUCCUGCUAGUGUUAGUGGUAACGGUUGAUUCUAGGGUCCGACUUCGAACUUCGAACAGGUGACCACUAGUUAACAAUUUGAAGCCUGAGAUACUUCGGAGAGCUUUCGAUCUAUAUUAGUAUCAUAGGAAAGCAUCAGCACAUACCAGAAUCUGGCAGGACUUGUGAUAGAUGGUCCGUGAGAGCUUGCUAACCUUGCUCGUGACGCUGGUGUUGGUCAUUCUCAAAAGUUUGGUAAAUUCAACAAGGUCAGUGUUUUCAAACUUGUCAUGGUCUCACACAAUUUUAAUCUGCCUUGCUGUCAUAUGCGCCCUUCCAAUCGAUGAAAUGGCGGUAAGUGCUCUUACGAAAAUUAAUAAUUUUUUUCACCUUUUUAUUGGUAUGCUAUUGUGGCCAAAAAUAGCGGGAAUUUGCUUAUAACUUCAAAAUUAUUUUUUUAUUCUUCUAAAUCUAUGUUAUCACCAUUAAAAUAGUCCUCUAUGUAAUGCUAUGUGUCCUAUGUGUGCAUUUGUUCCAAUUUUCGAAGUCCGGUCCGAAAAGUUCUUUUAAUGAACAGACUCCAACACAUUCUUCGUUUCGGCUACUAUCUCAUACGGUGGUUACAGAACGAUAUGGGUCAAGUUUGUGGCGAAAAGCAGUACUCACGAUGAAAUCAUCACGGGAAUAUGAUAAAAAAUGUGUUUUUCCUCGUGAUGGAAAACCCAUGCACUGUCUCUCCCUUAGUCCGGUCGUAUUUGUCGCACAGUAUUACACAAACGACGCACAGCCCUCAAAUAGUAUUCUUUGUUGACUUUGGCCUGUUGGAAAGGAUUAAUCAUGCACCACGCUACGCUAAUCGUAUACAACCGUUUUCAGUUAUUUUUGGCCACAGAAUUACUUUCCUCUUCGAAAUUAUGAGUCGUUUUCAGCUGUUGUAAGAUUCUUAUAUUAUAGAUAGAAUAUAAAUCAUUCUAAAGUAUUGCGACUGAUUUUUAUGUAAACAAUGCAUUCAACCCAAUUUGUUGUACGGAUUUAUCAAAGCUUUUUGUCAGUAAAAUUACAUUACAAGCUAACAAUGGUUUGAAAAAUAUUUCUGGGAUUCUUCGUCUGGAGCAGCCAAUUGUCAGCGUUUUUAUCAUAUUUUAAUGCAAAACAAUAUGUUGCCACCAUUGAAAUGGUGAUCUAUGAUCUACCAUUGAUAUGUGAUAUAAAUAAAUGAAUAACGGACACAUAUGAAUAAACCUACUAAUCAUAAAAAAGCACCCGCAUUUUUUUUCUAAUAUUGGCAAAAAGACUUUUUCUGGGCUUUUGUUUUCAUGCCAUAGGCUUUUCCCCGUUCAACACGUAUUUUAUUUAUCGCUGAAAAAACUCUUUAUUUUAUGUAAUGUUAUUUCCUGGUGUAUUCGAACACAAUACUAUGUACAAUAAAGCUUCAACUGAACGAUCUCUUAAAACAUUGACUAAAUUCUUCCGUUGACUUCUGGUAAAAAAAAGGGUUCCGUUCUUUAGAAACUUUAUUAGACAAUAUAUAUGUUGGUAAAAGUAGCUCUGCACUGGUUCAUCGAUUCCAAGGUAUAAGAAGUCAGUAACUAGAAUGCAAACAUGCUAUUCAAUGCUGUGGUUUUGUUCGUUUUUACAGAAGAAAAAUAAAAGA